UUGUGUGGCCGCCGCCAUCGCCGCAGCCGCAGCUCCGCGGCCGCUCGGGGCCGAGCGGGGCUGAGCGGGACCGAGCGGGGCCGCGGCUUCCCGGGCGCGGGGAAGGACCCCGGGCCGGGCUGAGGCGGCGGCGCCAUGGGGAAGCGGGACAACCGGGUGGCUUAUAUGAAUCCCAUAGCUAUGGCCAGAGCACGAGGUCCUGCACCAAAUUCAGGACCAACAAUACAAGACUACUUGAACAGGCCAAGACCAACAUGGGAAGAAGUGAAAGAGCAACUAGAAAAGAAAAAGAAAGGAUCCAGGGCUUUGGCUGAGUUUGAAGAAAAGAUGAAUGAGAAUUGGAGGAAAGAACUGGAAAAACACAGGGAAAAAUUACUGGGUGGAAAUGAGAGUUCCUCCAAAAAGAAAGAGAAAAAGAAAAAGGAAAAGAAGAAAUCUAAUAGGUUGUCUUCAUCUUCCUCUUCUUCAUCAAGCUCUGAUUCUUCCAGCAGUUCAUCUGAUUCAGAAGAUGAGGAUAAAAAGCAAGGGAAGAAAAGAAGAAAAAAGAAGUAUCGCUCCUCCCGGAAAUCUUCAGCAAGCUCAACUUCAGAAUCUGAGUCAGACAGCAAGGACAGCACAAAAAAGAAGAAGUCAAAGGAAGACUGUGAAAAAGAGAAGGAAGGUAAAAAUCACCACAGGAAAAGGAAGAAAGCAGAUCGUGGUGAUGGACCUUUAUCAUCAGAAUCUGUAUCUGAAUCGGAUCAGACAGAGGAGGUGCAAGCAAAAAAGAAGAAAAACAGUGAGGAAAAGGAGAAAACAGCAAGUAUCCCUCUUACACUGUAGUUUCAGGAUAUAAAUACUCUGUACUUGGAUAAAACAAAAAAGAGAAAGAAGCACAAGAAACAUGGUAAAAAGAAGAAAAAGAAGAUUGCUGGUUCAAAUUCGGAUUCAGAAUAAUAUUUAAAAAACCCCAAGACUAUCAACAGAAGUGUAAUGACUGAAGAAAACUUAAACUGUGAAAUGACAGCAAACUUUACCAAACUGCAUGAGUUUUCCUGUGUUUUAGAAAUAUUUCUAAUCUUUCAAUAGCCAGCCAGAUGCAGCUGUGCUGGGACAGACCAUUGUUAUUGCCUGCUGCUUAAUACAUGAGGUACAACUUUUAGAAAAUUCCAGUGAGCAGUGAUGGAUGUUUGAAACAAUGUGAGAUGGUAGGCCAGCUGAGGUGUAAAAUAUUGGAAAAUAAGAGUUAAACUUUUUAGAUAGUAAAAGUAGUCUUUUAAAGCAUUAGUAAUAGUCUUUAUUUGUAAAUCAGGAUAAAAUAAAUCCCAAGUUCAUCCUGCAGGUUAAACUAUUACAAGCUGGUGUCUGCUAAUGGAAAAUUAAUAACAUUUAAAAGGCUGCCUUUGUAGAAAUGUGUAUCAUCUGGCCCCUAACCGUCUUCAUGCUUAUGAGAAAGGGAAUGCUACCAUUUUGGCUAACUGAAUAGGGUGCCUUUGCCUUUGAUUCUUGCAAAUCGCCGCUAUUUUUAAUCCAUGCAGCAUCUCUGAUUCCUGGGAAGCUAGAGCUAUUGUCAGCAGACUUUUUCUGAAUAAGCAGUUUUGAGCUUCCAAGCAUGUGCUUCUGCAUUAAGCAAGAGCAAUGACAUUUUGCAGUCUAACUGACAGUCAAAACCUGAGUAUUUUACCUCUGCUUCUUUGAAAUAGCGAUAGACCUUUGCUAGUAAAUAUGCAUAUUUCAUUUAAUGUCAUUUUGGUUUAAUUGAAAACUUCUUGCAAACACUGGUAGCUUUGUUUGCAUUACCUUUAGAAUUGUUUUGCAUGAUUUGUACCAUUUUUAAAUUAACAAAAUGCAGGUAAUAAUUUGUUGUAACCAGUUCUAUGAAUUAUGUUCCACAUGCAGAGUUUCAUGUAUGUAUUUAGUUAAAGUUCAUUGCUGUGUUUAAGUGCACACUUGCUGAAGAUAUUUAGCAUGUAAAAAGCAGGGUUUUGAUACCUUAACAGCUUCAUAUUGAAGCUGAUUUUACUCUAAGCAAGUUCAGUGGCAGAUCUGUUACGUGACGUGUCUUGUUAGAUAAAAAAACUACUGCCAGAAUCUCAUUAAAGAUACUGUUUAAACAGUUUGUAUUUAUAUUUUUGUACUUGAGGGCUACAGAAUGUUAACCUAAGUCAUAAAGCUGAUUACUUUAAUUCAGUUGCUUUAGAUAUUGGAAAAAAAGCUUUUUUAAAUUAAGUGUGCACACAAGAACACACAAGCAACCAUUUGAUUUUAGUUUACAUGAAAUUCUCGCUAUAUAUACUGAUUGCUGGGCCUUCUGUUAGCUUUUAACAACUGCCCAUCCAUCCCAGGCAGUCAACUAUACGUUGUAUUCUUGAUCCACCCCUUUUUUUCAUUGCACAGGUGCUAACUUAGAACUUACCUCUAUUACGUACAGAUGUUUCAAAUAUUGUAUUGCCAAGAAUUUCAAGAGCUUUAAGACAUUGAUUAUUAGUCUGCAAACCAUAACUAAAAACUAUGGGAGAAAGAUUAUUUCGUGUUGCCUUUGUACAGAGAAAUUGACUUGAAGUCCUUGGGGCAAUACAACCAUUGCAGCAUUACAACAUUGCAGCAAUGGCCCUCUAAAUUAUAGUAAUAUUUUUAUCAAAUAUUUUAUAGUGUUGGGCUUGAUGUUACCAAUUCUAGACACUGCUUUGUCAGUGAGGUUAAAAUAAAGGCAAGAUGCAGUGAACAGUAGGGGAUUGAUUUGGGGUUUGUGUUUAGUUUUGUUGGGGUUGGUUUCUUUUUAAAUUGUGGUGUUGCUGUUUUGGUAGAAGAACUUGUAAUGAACCAUAGCAUAAAUGCUCUGUCCUCUGUGAUACCUUAUUUGACUUUUACACAACCACCUGCCACAGAAAGAAAUAAAAAUGCAAAUGAGACCUAGUCUUCCAAAUACCUAA